CAGAUCAAAAUGGGAAACCGAGUCAUUAGCCUGCUGGUUAUUGCGCUCGUUUUGUGCUAUAGUUUGUCAAAGGCCGUUGGAUAUCGAGAUGAAGACUGGGGGAGGCAGAGAGAAGACCCGGAUCAAGAGCAGGAAGAGCAAGAGCAUGAAGCGAUGAUGGGAGACGAGGAUUGGUUCUUGUUGCAGAACUCAAAGCAGGUAGUGAAAACUAAAGCUGGUGAAAUGAGAGUGGUGAAAAGCGUACGUGGGAGAAUUGUUGAUAAGCCAAUGCAUAUUGGGUUUAUUACAAUGGAGCCCAAGUCCCUAUUUGUUCCUCAGUACAUGGACUCCAGCUUGAUCCUCUUCGUCCAGUCUGGAGAAGCAAAGGUGGGACUGAUAUACAAAGAUCAACUGGGAGAGAGGAGAUUGAGGCCUGGGGAUGUGUACAGAAUUCCGGCUGGUUCGCCAUUUUAUUUGGUGAAUACGGCGGAGGGGCAGAGACUUCACAUCAUUUGUAGCGUUGAUACAUCGGAGAGUUUGGGAAUGGGUACUUUGCAGUCUUUCUACAUCGGCGGAGGAUAUAAUCCAGCUUCUGUACUUGCUGGAUUUGACCAGGAGAUACUCGAAAGUGCAUUCAACGUUACAUCAUCAGAACUAAGUGAUUUCUUGUCAAGACAACAAGAUGGCCCGAUUGUAUACCUGACCGAUUCACCUCAUCCACCAAGCCUUUGGUCAAGAUUCCUAGAGCUGAAAGAGCAGGACAGACUCCAAAAAAUGAAGAGAAUGAUGGGCAACACAAAAGAACCAGAACACGACGAAGAAGAACAAACUCUAGCAUGGUCAUGGAGGAAGCUCCUCAACUCUAUGUUUGGAUCAAAUGGCAAAAGGAGAGACGAUGAUACUGAUGCUUACAAGGGAAAAGGAAAAUCUCCAGAUGCUUACAACCUCUUCAAGAGAUCUGCUGAUUUCCGAAAUGACUAUGGCUGGAGCAAGGCACUCGAUGAAUCUGAUUACUCUCCCUUAAAAGACUCCGGCAUCGGUGUUUUCCUUGUCAACCUCUCUGCAGGGUCUAUGAUGGCACCGCAUGUGAACCCAAUUGCAACAGAAUACGGGGUCGUUCUGAAAGGCUCUGGUACUAUACAGAUUGUGUUUCCAAAUGGAACCUCGGCAAUGAAUACUAAAGUUCAACAAGGAGAUGUGUUUUGGGUGCCAAGGUACUUCCCAUUCUGUCAAAUUGCAUCCAGAGUUGGCCCUUUCGAGUUCUUUGGAUUCACCACCUCUGCGCGCAAGAACAGGCCGCAGUUCUUAGUAGGUGCUAGCUCUGUUCUUAGGGAGCUCAGAGGACCUGAGCUUGCAGCUGCUUUUGGUGUGAAUGAGGAUCGGUUGAGUCGCAUUGUUCAUGCUCAGCGUGAGUCUGUGAUCUUGCCCUCGGUGCAAGCAUCUACUCCUUACAUGGGGGGUGAGACGGAGGAAACUCCCGUGGAGGAGGCAGGGAAGCGAACCCCAUACAAGGAGGACGAGAGGAGGCAGGAAGGUGAGAGGUGGCGGCAAGAUGAGAGGGAGCAACCAGCUGAGGAAGAUGAGAGGCGGCAAUCGCAACGGGAGAGGCAGAGGAAGCAACCUCCAUUAGGGGAAGGUGAUGACAUGUUUCAGGGGAUACCAAAGGUGAUCAAGAGUUUUGGGAAGGAGAUCGUAAUGGGUUUUGAUUGA